UAGGGGCUGGUUUUCUCACCAGCAUGAAGGCUCGGGUGUAAUAAUAAUGAUUAAUAAUGAUCCUGCAGGGAGUGGGGGCCCUUUUGGAGGAUUCUGCUCCGGGCAGGAGAAGGCAUCCAUGGCCUGGCUUUUCGGGCUCCUGGAAAGCCAGGCUGCCUCCCUGCCUAAUAAUCAGUGGUUGUCAUUUAGGGGGACUCUCUCCUGUCGGAGUCACACGCGCACACACAAAGCACGUGCUGUUUCCAGUGCCCAGUGUCAAGCCAUGGGCUGGCGAGAUGCUGCUGUGUAACACCGACAGACCGUUCUGCUGUCCAAAGAGCCAGGAAAAAUGAAACCAGGCGGAUGGAGGCAGCGUGGGCUCCCAGAGGAUAAAGUUUAUUAAGACAGAUUAUAUUUCCCCCCCAGCCCUGUGUCCGAUGGGGGGGCCGAGGCAACCCGGCCAAGCAGGACCCACUGGGGAGGAAUUCUCUCUCCCCUUUCACCCGACGGAAAUGUUCUUCGCCCCGGCUGAGCCGUACCCACAACAAUAAAUAAUUGCAUUUCCAAAAAAAAUUAAAAAAAAAAAAAAGCCCAUCGGAGGAAGAUUCCAAUAUCCAUCCGUCCGUCCCUCCCGGAGACAGGAUUCCUUCGCCCUCUUGUUCUCCCGGUGGCCAGUGGCUGUUGGAGAAGUUAAAGCAGCAGCCAGGGUGGGGAGGUUAAAGAGGGUGUUCUCCCUCCUCCGGUGGGCAUCAAUUUUGGGCAAGUCCCCCAGGAUGUACCCACAAGGACGGCACCCUGCUCCGCUUCAGUCUGGGCAGCCCUUCAAGUUCUCGAUUUUGGAGAUCUGCGACCGGAUUAAGGAAGAAUUCCAGUUCCUGCAGGCUCAAUAUCACAGUCUGAAGCUGGAAUGUGAGAAGCUGGCGAGUGAGAAGACCGAGAUGCAGAGACAUUAUGUCAUGUAUUACGAAAUGUCUUAUGGGCUGAACAUUGAAAUGCACAAGCAGGCUGAAAUAGUGAAGAGGCUGAGUGCCAUCUGUGCCCAGAUCCUACCGUUCCUGACGCAGGAGCACCAGCAGCAGGUGCUGCAAGCCGUGGAGCGGGCCAAGCAGGUGACCAUGGGGGAACUGAACAGCCUCAUUGGGCAGCAGCAGCUCCAGCACCUCUCCCACCAUGCGCCUCCCAUCCCGCUCACCCCGCACCCUUCGGGCAUGCAGCCUUCCAGCCUGGCCAGCGCCUCGGGACUCCUGGCCCUGUCAGGGGCACUGGUGGCCCAGUCUCAGCUCUCUGCAAAGGAGGACAGGGGGGCUCAGGAUGCUGAGAAUAACAGAGAGCGCACGCCAAGCCGGAGCAUUUCUGCCUCCCCUCCGGAGAGCCUGCAGGCCGAAGAGUGCCCGGGCGGCACCGGGCUGAAGCGGAAACGGGAGGAGAAGGACCUGCCGGGACAUUACCAGGACAGCGACGGGGACAAGAGCGAUUAUAACCUAGUAGUGGAUGAGGACCCGCCCUCUGAGCCCAGCAGCCCUGCCCAUGCACCCAGCGCUAAGCUCCCACCCGCCCGCAGGGACAUGCCCGAGAGCCCAGCCUCCCUGGCCUCCAGCCGGAGCACAACACCCCUCAAACUGAAGGACCAGAGCCUGAACGAUGUCUCAGCCAACACUCCCACCUCCAAGUCCUCCAGCUCCUCUCCUCCACGGGACUCCCUAACGCCCGGCCCCGGGCCAAGCUCGGCCUCCCAUCUCCGGCAACUGUCCUCCAAGCCGCCUGCCACGGACACCAUCACUCUGCGCAGCCCCCUGAGCGUGCCCAGCACCUACGCGUCUUCGUUCGGGAUGGUGCCCCACGCCACCGUCAACGGCGAGCUCGCGGCCCCUAGCUCCUAUGUGAGCAUCCACCUCUCUCCGCAAGUCAGCGGGACGGUGCUGUACGGACGGUCCCCUCUGGUGGCGUUUGAAUCUCACCCUCACCUGAGGGCAUCCACUGUCUCCUCCUCUCUGCCAGCCAUCCCCGGUGGGAAACCCGCCUACUCCUUCCACGUGAGCGCCGACGGGCAGAUGCAGCCGGUCCCCUUCCCUCCCGACGCCCUUAUCGGCACCGGCAUCCCCCGGCACGCCCGCCAGCUCCACACCCUGACCCACGGCGAGGUGGUCUGCGCCGUCACCAUCAGCAACUCCACCCAGCAUGUCUACACGGGGGGCAAGGGCUGCGUGAAGGUGUGGGACGUGGGGCAGCCUGGGACCAAGACGCCCGUGGCGCAGCUGGACUGCCUGAACCGCGACAACUACAUCCGCUCCUGCAAGCUCCUCCCGGACGGGCGCAGCCUCAUUGUGGGGGGGGAGGCCAGCACCUUGUCCAUCUGGGACCUGGCUGCGCCCACCCCCCGCAUCAAGGCGGAGCUGACCUCCUCGGCGCCCGCCUGCUAUGCCCUGGCCAUCAGCCCCGACGCCAAGGUCUGCUUCUCCUGCUGCAGCGACGGCAACAUCGUGGUGUGGGACCUGCAGAACCAGACAAUGGUCAGGCAGUUCCAGGGCCACACGGACGGCGCCAGCUGCAUCGAUAUCUCCAACUACGGCACCAAGCUGUGGACGGGGGGACUGGAUAACACGGUGCGGUGCUGGGACCUGCGGGAGGGGCGUCAGCUGCAGCAGCACGAUUUCAGCUCCCAGAUCUUCUCGCUGGGUUACUGUCCCUCAGGGGAGUGGCUGGCUGUCGGCAUGGAGAGCAGCAACGUGGAGAUCCUGCACGUGGCCAAGCCGGAGAAAUACCAGCUCCACCUCCAUGAGAGCUGCGUCCUCUCCCUCAAAUUCGCCUCCUGCGGUAAAUGGUUCGUGAGCACAGGGAAAGACAACCUGCUGAACGCCUGGAGGACGCCCUACGGAGCCAGCAUCUUCCAGUCCAAAGAGUCCUCGUCGGUGCUAAGCUGUGACAUCUCGAUCAACGACAAGUUCAUCGUCACGGGCUCCGGCGACAAGAAAGCCACCGUCUACGAAGUGGUUUACUGAAGCGUGCGCACGGGGUGGGCCUCGCCGCUGCCGGGACCGAGCUGUACCGUGACCAAAACCCCGGGGCCACCUGGGGCAGCCUGGCCAACCACUUGCCGUGGGCUCAGGAUUCGGCGUGCGCUGGGAGUGGGGCCCCCUCCCCACCGCUUCAGCUGCAGAGCGGCCCGAGAGCCUCGCACGGUCGUUCCCGGCUCGGAGAUGGGCCCUGUCGGUGCUUCCUCAGGCCGAGUGCGACGCUGCCGCCACACGCAAACAGGUGUGGGCGGAUGGAGACACGAGACGCCUCGCUUCCUUUCUGCAUCUUCCCCGCGUCCUCCCAGGGGCGGAUGAGGGAAUAAGGACUAGCCGGGAUCUUACUGGCGUGGGGGUUUUGGAGGGAGAGGCCAGGCCCGAGGGGCUUCCCAGCUCGGGGACUAGCAAUGGCCGGCUCCCAAGGCAUGGAGGGGAGUUGCUACAGUGCAAGCGAUGCUGUUAUCACUCAGCGAGCGAAGGGGUCCUGCCACUUCUUCCACAUUAUUGCUACUGAUUUAAUGAUGCCAAUUUUCUGUUGAGAAAACAGCUGUAAUUUCUCCUUGGUAAUUAAAUGUAUUUA